UUUAUCCUAUUUUAGCUUUUGCAUGUACCGCUGGAGUUUAAGGCGGAGGCAAGCACCAUCUUGUCAUUUGCUUUUCUAUCACUAAAACCCUACUUGCUUACGUUCGUAACCCGGCUGGUAUCAGUCGAGGAUGGCAAUAUCCUCGAGCACUGCUAGUUCUUCAUACUUGCACGCGGCCGCUGGUAGCAGAGAUCCCAGGACUUCGCUAAGCUGCAAAACCAAGGUUUUUAUUGGGUUGAAACCCCAAUCCGCUGGUACUUUCAACCCCAUGAAACCGAAUGUCAAUGUUGAUUUCCACUGUAGGGUUCAUCGGAGCAUAUCAUUGAGAAAUUUGAACAAGAAAUAUGCUCGUCCAAACAUAUCUAUGAUGCCCAUUGGUACACCAAGAGUGCCUUACAGGACGCCAGGUGAAGGAACUUGGCAGUGGGUUGAUCUCUGGAAUGCUCUUUAUCGAGAACGUGUAAUAUUUAUUGGUCAGCAUAUAGAUGAAGAAUUUAGCAACCAGGUGUUGGCAACUAUGUUGUACCUUGACAGCAUGGACGAUUCAAAAAAGUUACAUCUGUACAUCAAUGGCCCAGGAGGAGAUCUCACUCCCAGUAUGGCAAUAUACGACACAAUGCAAAGCUUGAAAAGCCCAGUUGGAACGAACUGUGUAGGCUACGCUUAUAACUUGGCAGGCUUUCUUCUUGCAGCUGGAGAAAAGGGUAAUCGUGUAGCCAUGCCUCUUUGUAGAAUUGCACUUCAAUCCCCAGCUGGAGCAGCCCGGGGCCAGGCUGAUGAUGUACGUAAUGAAGCAAAUGAGCUCCUUCGCAUUCGAGAUUACCUUUUUGGAGAGUUGGCCAAAAAGACAGGACAACCGAUUGAGAAGAUUAACAAAGAUUUGAGUCGCAUGAAAAGAUUCAAUGCUCAAGAAGCCCUUGAAUAUGGGAUGAUUGAUCGGAUACUAAGACCUGCUCGAAUCAAGGCUGAUGCGCCUCGGAAGGAACAAGCAGGAGCAGGUUUUGGCUAAACAGAUUUUUAUAUUCUUAUUAUGCUGUUCUGAUAAAAUUAUACAUCGUUCUUUGAUUUCCUUCCCUCUUAUCAUCACAAAGAGAUAUAUUAUUUUUAGCUUAAUUUUUAUAAGAUCAGAUUGAUGGCGGCUUAUGAAGAAAAGUUGGGGCAACUGAGCAGCUUCUGAUUUGUAUCCUGCUAUUUUAUUAUCUGCUGGUAUUUAUCAAGGAUCUAUAGCUUAUAUCUG